CGAUCGGUCGGUCGCAAAACUUCGGCAGUGGAGUUCUGUGUCGUUACCUCCGUCGUCUCCAUCGGUGAAGGUGUGCGCCAGUUGUACGGGUACGCUACGGUUGCGGUAAACGGAAGACACGGUCAUUCCGACGGUGGUCAGCGUACAGUGCAGAGCAUUCGUUGUGUGGUGCCGUUUCGUACAAGGGCACGCCUCCCACGAGCUUUCGUAUAGCUUUUGCUUGGUGCGUACCACUGUACCAGUGAUACGACGACCUACACAAUGGCUGGGCUCUUUAACCUGCGACGGUACGGUGCAUCUAUUGCCCGGCACCAUCUUCUAACCGGUGGCUCGACCCGUCGCCGACCGCCACUGCACGCGAAUGUGUUCGGACGUGCACUGCACACCAGCACGGUGCUGGAUCGUGUCAUUUCCUUCCAUCUGUCCGACAUCGGUGAAGGUAUCCGGGAGGUAACGGUGAAGGAGUGGUACGUGAAGGUGGGCGACGUGGUGGAACAGUUCGACAAUCUCUGUGAGGUGCAGAGUGACAAAGCAUCGGUCACGAUCACCAGCCGGUACGAUGGUAAAAUUGUGAAAUUGCACCACAAUGUUGAUGAGAUUGCGCUCGUCGGCAAACCGCUACUCGAUUUCGACGUAGAGGAGCAGGAAGAGGACGACAGUAGUAGUAGUAGUAGUGACAGCAGCAGUAGCUCGGAUGAGGAGAGUACAAGCUCGGUCGAAACUGGUGGACAAGUGCCGACCGGUAAGGUCCUAGCAACACCCGCCGUUCGUAGGAUAGCAAUGGAGAACAAGGUGGAUCUGUCGAAGGUACCGGCAACCGGGCGUAAUGGACGUGUGCUGAAGGGUGACGUGCUAGAAUAUCUGCAGGUCAUCCCCAAGGGUACGGUUAAGCCCCAUCCGUCCCUGGUUAGUCAAGCUGGCAAGGAACAACGCAAACCAGAACCAUCCGCUUCCAUCGAUCUGAAACAGGCAGAAACAAUCGUACCACUGAAGGGCAUCGCUAAAGCAAUGGUCCGUUCGAUGACGGACGCGUUGAAAAUACCUCAUUUUGCGUACUGCGACGAGGUAGAUGUGACCAAGCUGGUGGAGGUGCGAUCCCAGCUCAAGGAGGAAGCAGCACGCCAGAGCAUCAAGCUCACGUAUAUGCCGUUCUUCCUGAAGGCAGCAUCGAACGCGCUGCUCCAAUAUCCAAUACUGAACAGUUCCUUCGACGAGUCAGCCGAAAGCGUUAUCUACAAGACGUAUCAUAACAUAAGCGUUGCCAUGCAGACACCUCAAGGUUUGGUAGUGCCGAAUGUGAAGAACGUUGAGCAGAAGUCCAUUCUGCAGAUAGCGAACGACUUGAACGCACUGCAGGAACGUGGUGCGAAAGGUGCGCUCACACCGAACGACUUUGCGAACGGUACGUUCGCCCUGUCGAACAUUGGAAUUAUCGGUGGUACGUAUACGCACCCGGUCGUCAUUACACCUCAAGUCGCUAUCGGUGGACUCGGCAAAACUCGGGUGUUACCACGGUUCGACGAUGCCGGACAGGUAGUACCGGCCCACAUAAUGGUGGUCAGCUGGACGGCGGAUCAUCGUGUGAUCGAUGGUGUCACAAUGGCUAGCUUCUCCAAUCUGUGGAAGCAGUACCUGGAGAACCCGAACCUGCUAAUGCUGGGCGCUAAGUGAGAUGUUCGGGUGCAUAGCACCCGCGUUUCGUGACGGCGAAUCCACUGCACGUAGACUACAAUCCUAACCCACAAUGUGCCGAUAUUGCAUUUACUAGUUGUUUAAGGCUUAUAUUAUCUCACAUACCUACGCGAAUUCUAACGACUGCCGUGCAGGAGGUGGUGGUACUGGUACUCCAUUGAAUGGUGUAUCGAGCAGAGCUCAGACCAAGAAAUUACGUUCGAAUCGCUGUGGUGGUGCGUGUGUGGUAUGUUUCAUAUAUGCUAGAGUUGCUUCGUAUGUCUCCAUACGAUCGAUAGUAUCGUGGUUUUUUUUUUCGGACCAAGUCAAUAAACGUUAACAUCCAACGACGUAACACCGCGUUGCAUUGCACAAA